AUGCCCUCAGAUAGUGAUCAAUUCCACGAUGCCUUCGAACAGCCAGUGCAUUCCAGCUCGAAUGGCGGGGUAGUUCCAGGUUUGUCUGAGGCCAGUGAGCUGGACAACAACAAUGAAGAAUCUGAGCAGGAUAACGAAGACCCCCUGGCGUCUGAUAUGUCUAAUGACGCAGAAGCGCAUUUCAAGAACCUUGUGUUUCAAGGAGUCCCCAAUUCAGCCCUGGAAGGUUCGUCACAGAAAAUGGCAGAAGCGGGAGCCGAGGACCAAUCCAAUUGGUUCCAAAAAAUGAACCCCCAAGAGUCAUUCUAUGGCUGGCGUAAAGAAAUGAGUCAAGCACUGCGUCGAUUUUCCAAGCUUACCGGGCGGCGAAACACUAAAACGGAGAUUGGGAGAUCUGCAAAGAAUUUGGGGGUCCCGAAGCCGAGCCCCGAAGAUGUCUAUACGCAAAGCUUGGCUUCAGAUUUGAUCGACACUAUGAUUGCAGGCUGCCCGGCGGCACUAUUUGCAAGCUGUCUGUUCUUACGCGAUGAACAUGGUGUUAGACGCGCCCCUAUGCUCUUAGCCAUGCUGGGUGUGAAAGUGCAUCCCUCUAGUCCUCAGGACGGCCUAAAUUCGAAAACUCAUGAUCCAAGUAAGUUAGAACGUCGCGGUGCUCAUGAACCUCAAAACAACGAUAUCAAAUACAAAUUGGAACUUGAGUAUGGUGUUGGUUACAAUAGGGUGAAAUGGUCGGUUGUCAAGUCAUACAAGGACCUAGCCACUCUGCAUAAUAAUAUAAAGCUCUUGUCUUUCCAACAAAAUGCGAUAAACAGGCUCCACAUUGAACACCACGGAUUUCAACAACUACACUUGCCCCACUUCCCGCGCUUCAAUGACUAUGCUAGGCGAGAGCGCACUGCCACGACGAACGAUCUUGAAGGAGGUACUAGUGAGCGGGCAGAUAAUGGUGCAUCUGUUUCAAAUGGACAUGGUCAAGAAGAAAGUGGUUCCAUAAGUUCAGACCGAACAAACCAGUUCGAAAUAAAAAAGUUUCAUAUGAGGCAUCUAGAGGACCUAUUGGCCGAGCAAGAUGAUAGCGCACAUCCGAUGCACCAAAGAUUGGAGCGCUAUUUGAAGAUCUUGAAUUUGGCACUUUGUCUGAGACCCCAAUCAAACCGCCUCUUCCAAUUUUAUGAGUUAUCGCCCAUCGGUAACUUGCUCAGUUACGAAAACGGAUUUCAAGGAAAACAAGGCUAUAUGGUGGUAAGGUCUACUGCGAGUACGCAGGGAUGGCGAGUUUCCCAUUUUAGGUUUAGAGAUUUGAGAGCAAUGGUUGAAAGGCACACCAACAAAUGGUUCCUGGUAAGACACUCUUACAUUCUUUACGUUUCGGACCUUCAUUCGACCACUCCUCUGGAGGUUUUUUUAGUUGAUUCUAGUUUUAAAAUCAGUGUUCCGGGACAAACUGAUGUUCUUGCUGCAGAUUACAAGGAUUUUGAUCCACUGGGACAUGACACCAAAAAACUUUCAACCAAACUGAUGAUAACAUUGGAGAACAGCGAACGAAAAUUACAAGUGCUACUUAAGUCGGAAUUUCAACUAAGACUAUGGACUGCUUCGAUCUCCAAGAUGGUAGAGUCAACAAUUUGGGCUCACAAGAAGAGGUUUGAUAGCUUUGCACCAGUGAGAAAAAAUUGUUUCUGCAAAUACCUGGUCGAUGGAAGAGAUUAUUUUUGGGCGUUAAGUGAAGCGCUUUCGAUGGCCCAAGAUGUGAUUUUCAUCCAUGAUUGGUGGCUAUCGCCUGAGCUAUAUAUGCGCCGGCCAGUCAAAGGUAACCAAGAACAUCGUAUUGAUCGAAUUUUGAGGGAUCGAGCUGAAAAGGGAGUAAAGAUCUUUAUUGUGGUCUACAGGAAUGUUGGGACCACCGUUGGUACUGAUUCUUCCUGGACCAAGCACUCUAUGCUCAGUCUUCAUCCUAACAUCCACCUAAUAAGAUCGCCAAACCAGUGGUUACAAAAUACGUAUUUCUGGGCUCAUCAUGAGAAGUUGACUGUCAUAGAUCAUAGUAUUGCUUUUAUGGGGGGUAUCGAUUUGUGCUACGGUAGAUAUGAUACGCCUGAGCACGUCUUAAAAGAUGAUGAUCCUGAUUUACAAAAUCAAAUUUUCCCUGGUAAAGAUUAUUCAAAUGCUCGUGUAUGCGAUUUUUAUGAUUUGGACAAACCAUUUGAGUCGAUGUACGACCGUACCGUUACUCCUAGGAUGCCUUGGCAUGAUGUUCAUAUGAUGACCAUUGGCGAGGCCGCGCGCGAUAUGUCUAGACAUUUUGUACAGAGGUGGAAUUAUUUGAUUCGUCAGAAGCGCCCCAGUAGGCCAACUCCUUUGUUGACGCCUCCAAGCGACUUCGUAGAUCAGGAAAUUAAAGAGUCACCUCUUUUUCAGAAGUUGGCUAGUCGUUCCACAUGUGAGGUACAAGUUUUAAGAAGUGCUGGUAACUGGUCCCUAGGGCUCAAAAAAACGGAACACUCUAUUCAGAAUGCUUACUUGAAACUCAUAGAAACUUCCACACAUUACGUUUACAUGGAAAAUCAAUUUUUUGUAACUAGCUCUAGUUGGGAUGGAGUUGUUGUUGAGAAUAAGAUCGGUGACGCGCUUGUUGAUAGGAUUAUUAGAGCUAAUACAGAGGGGAAGGUUUGGAAAGCUUUUGUUAUGAUUCCAUUGAUGCCCGGAUUUGACUCCCCAAUUGAUAAGGCCGAAGGUUCCAGUGUCAGAGUAAUCAUGCAAUGCCAAUACCAAUCUAUUUCGAGAGGUGAGACGUCCAUUUUUGCCCGGCUCCGAAAAUUGAACAUUGAUCCACUGCAGUACAUUCAGUUUUACUCCUUGAGAAAAUGGUCCACUGUGGGUCCAAAUGAUCGGUUAGUCACAGAACAAUUGUACAUUCAUGGGAAGGUUCUCAUAGUGGAUGACAGAGCAUGCAUCAUUGGUAGUGCCAAUGUGAACGAAAGAUCCAUGUUGGGCAACAGAGAUAGUGAAGUUGCUGCACUGGUGAGGGAUACCGACCUUGUGGAAACAAAAAUGGGUGAUCAACCCUACCUUGCGGGAAGAUUUGCAUGGGAGCUAAGACAAAGGCUGAUGCGUGAACAUAUGGGCUGUGAUGUUGACAUUGUCGAGCUUACUGAGCGAAAAUUUGGAACCCUUGAAGACCUUGCAAAGUUGAACUACAACACCCUGCAUGUGCUGAAUGAUGAUGUAGACAAAAGAGCUAAAGUCAAAUCUGCACUUAUCGAACUUGGAUACCGAGAGGUGAUGCUUACAGAAGCAAGCGAGUUAUGGAGGGCAAAAUACGGCAAUUCUGAGAAUUAUGGUAUACACACGACGGUUAGCUCGAAAGGUGCUGGAGAAUCGUUUUCACAAGCUGUCGAUGAUAAUGCGAUGAAAGUCUGUCUACCAGAAACAACUUCGCGCAGUUUGGCAAACUCAGAUUACUGUCUGAAGCAUUACCAUUCGUUCAAUAAUAGAGCUGGCGAAGAAAACAUAGGAAUCAGAGAGAAAAAGCCAAUAAGUACAGAUUCGCGACUGCUCAAUAAUGAGGCCCACUCUGCUGACGUAGACGGUUUGGGCCAAGAUGGAUGGAAGAAUAUAUCUCACAAAUUUAAGCAAAAUGUGACCGAAAAACUACGGUCAUGGGCCGAAAAAAUGCUUGUCCCGAAUACUGCAGAUCGUCAUAAGUCCAAGGGUGAUCACAGCUUUCUACCGGAUCGAGAUGAUGUGGAGACAUAUUUGAAUGAUGCUGCGGUUUCAGUGGACGAGAAAUGGGACAUGUUGAAACGUGUUUGUUAUCUACAAUAUUUGGCACACAAAAAGGAGAAUCAUGGUACUCAUUCUCAAGGCGAGACUAUGGCCAAGUCUUCAGUAAGCAGCACGUCAGGCCCUUCUAGCCUAGCCGACGACAGAGAGAGUGACAAUCACCACCGCGUAGAGGCUGUGGAAGACCACGAGCUGGACGACGAGAUUAUUGAUGACAUGCUUGUACAGCUGUUGCCACCAAUUGGCAGUAACACCGCUCACGGCUCCCAGCAGCAAGCGUUCUCAAAGCUGAAGUUUAUUGACCCGUAUGCAUUCGAGGACCCGCUCUGUGACAGAUUUUACGAAGAUAUGUGGUUUGCCGUUGCGUUGCGCAACACCAUGUUAUUUCGUCUGGUUUUUCACUGUCAGCCGGACAACUCAGUACAAACCUGGCAUGAUUACAAGGACUUCACUCGAAUGCAAGAGGAAUUUGCUCGGGGCCAGGAAACUGUGAUCGACCUCGAGCGCCAUCCAGAGCACUCGCCAACUCCCGAGGCGUCUCGCAAGGAUGAGCUGCCUUCUUCCACCCAUACCGCUCACAACGGUACUGGCGCCGCACGACACUCCACCGGCAAGCCAGACUACAAAAGCAGGUCACGUGCCCUGAAGAUGAAGCUCUCCAGCAGUGUACUCUACGGUGCCAACCAACGUAUUUUCGACAAGUACACCGCCUCUCGCAUCUUGGAGAGAAUUCACGGGCAUUUGGUUAUAUUCCCAACCGAGUGGCUCGCCAGAGAGGUGGAGUCUAAAAACUGGUUUUACAGUGCUGACAGACUGCCUCCUAUUGACAUCUACGACUGA